AUGCGCGCCUCUAUCCUCUCCAUGGUCCUCUCGGGCCUGCUUGCGACUGCGCUGCCCACCAAUGACGAUGCACCCCUUGCGAAGCGCACCGACUUUUCCGGCUCGAACGUCCGCUGCUACCCCGAAGACUACUGGGACGCCUCGAGAGAAGCAAUCGCAGAGGGAAUCGCGUACCUCCGUGGUGUCUCGGGCCAGCCGAGCGCGGGGCCCGGUCCUGGGGCUUGUGCGCGCGUCAGCUGCUCGUAUGCGAGUGCCAUCUGGUGGUGUAAUGACGACCCCGCCGGUAAAACCCUUGAUAGCUUCUCGAGCAUAGCGGAUGGUGCGCAGUAUAUUUAUGAUAAUUGCCAUGCCGGUCUUUAUGAUGGGAUUCUCUCCGGACAGGUGUUUCAUUCAACUGAUUGGAAUGUUAUUGUGAAGAGGGAGGAGUGUUAA